ACAGCCGUGUCGUGGCCAAAGCCAUAGAUGCAGGAGGAGCCCCUCCACCACAGUGGUGUGCCCGGGAGGGUGUCCUGGUCCCCGUGGGUGGUGGCACGCGUGGCGUGGGACCCCAGCCCCAGGGAACAGCCACCCUGCGCCCACCACGUGCUCCUGCACCACCCCCCGGGUGCAAGCAGAAGCAUCCCCGCAGCGAUGCCAGGCGUCAGCCGGGGCCGUGCCGGGCCCCCCACCCAGCACCAGAGGGGGAAGGAGGGUGCCUGGGUGCCGGGUGCAGGAUGUGGCCCCCUCCCUGGCAGCGGGAGCGAGCCCCGGGCAGGGUGGGCGCGGGCACGGCGGGAGGUGACCGUCGGAGGUGUGCGUCACUGUUUUAUAGAUGUACAAAAGCUCCCUAAUAAAGAGGCACAAGUAGGUCCAGAGCUGCCUGCAUGGCUGGGGUGGGGGGCACGGAGGUUGGGGAUCCUCAUGCAGCCCCAAAAAGAGCUGUGCUUGCGCUGCACACCAGCACCAGAAGCCCUCACGUCUCCGCGGGCUGGAGCACAACGGGUGUGCCGUGGCAGGGCGGGCGCCGCGGCAGCACCCGGCCGGGCUCUAUCAGCCCCAUGCAGGCGGUGCCGGGGGGGGAGGUCGGGCUCUGCCCACCCCGGGGGCUGCCAGAAGCUCACCGUGAGCCAGGGGGGCAGAGGGGCUGCGGUGGGUGCUCCCCACACCGGGGCUGCAGCCCGCAGCCCUGCCCGUGGCCGGGGCUCUGCCAGGAGGUGCUGGGCAUUGGGGUGCCCCCGGCAGCGGUGCUGGCCCCCCGCGGCUCCCGGGCGCGUUAUCAGCGCCAGGCACAGCCCCGUCGAUGAGAGGCCGCUGCUUGCUUUCCCCGGCACUGCGCUCUCACGGGGCCGCCAGCUGUCUGAUCCUCCGUCACCCGUCCCCCAGCCGGGGGCACGGCGCAGGAUGUCCCCCCAGAAGGCCACCCUCAUCCACACCAAGGCGGCGACGGGCAGCUCGUGCUGCGCCCUGCCCUGCAGCGAGGACGUGUCGGAGGAGCUGAGCGAGGAGGAGAGCGGGAUCGCGCGGCGAGCCCAACGCGCGGCGCUGGAGGUGCUGGAGGACGCGCUGAGGAAGGACCGGGUGCUGAUGAAGAACCUGAAGGACGUGGUGGUGCUGGCCGGGGAGGGCCAGGGGGGCGAGGGCUGGGUGGAGCGCUACGCCAUGCUCACCAAGAAGCUGCUGCGCAGCCUCGUCUCGCAGCUGCAGCAGGCGGCUUUCCGCAAAAACCCCCGCAGGGCCGGGUCCUACGCCUACGUCAAGAAGAACGCCUGGGACCGUACCAUCUACCUGUGCCCCCUCUUCUGGCAGGCCCCCGGCGAGCUGGAGAAGGACUCGCAGCCCGGGACGCUCAUCCACGAGGCAUCGCACUUCCUGGGCCUGCACGACAUCACCUACGCCACGGCCAGCUUUCGGGCCGGGGGCGGCGGCGCGGCGAUAUGGACCGACCGCUGCGUGCCCCUCUUCGAGUCCCUGCGGAAGGCGCUGCUCAACGCCAACAGCAUCGAGUACGAGUUCGAGAUCGUGCUGAGGCACCGGCAGCCCUACCGGGGCGGGCGCUACGGCUGCUGCGGGGAGACGGCCAGGAACUCCGUCUGCGAGAACGCCCUGCCCCACGGGGGGCUCUCCUGCGAGACCCCCGAGAGCCCAGCAGCCAUGCGGAGCACCAUCGGGGACACGGUGCGGCUGUCCCUGCUGCCCGCCCGGGACGCCAUGCGGAGCUGCCUGCGGGACAUGCGGCGAGCGGCGGAGGCCACGGAGCGGUGCCACCGGGCGGCGGCGGUGGCCAACGUCACCGGCGGGGCGCUGGGGGUGGCGGGGGGGGCCACGGCCAUGGCGGGGCUGCUGCUGGCCCCCACGGCGCUGGGCACCGCGCUGCUGCUGUCGGCCGUGGGCUUCGGCGUCUCGCUGCUCGGGAGCCUCGUCGGUGCCACCGCCACCGUCAGCGACAGCCUCGGGUGCCUGGCGAGGAAGGACGGGGCGGAGGCGCUGCUGGAGGAGUUCGGGGCGCAGGCGGAGGUGUUCACGGGCAGCCGGGAGCACGUGGAGAGGGCGCGGAGGCUGCUGGAGGUGCUGGGGAAGGACGAGAGCCUGGACGUCAUCCUGGGGGUGUUCAGGGUGGUGACGGGGCUGGGGCGCAGCGUCCUCAAUGGCAGCAGUGUGGCCAAAGCCAGCGCGGCGCUGGCUGGGGCCAGCCGUGCCGUGAGCCUCGCCGGGACGGCCACGCAGCUCCUCCUCGGGCUCUGCCUGGCCCUGGACAUCUUUUUUGUCACCAAGGACUCGGCUCACCUGUCCCGCGGCGCGCGGGCAGAGCUGGCCGGGAGCAUCCGCGCAGCGGCAGGGGUGCUGGAGAGGGACUUCGGCGUCAUCGACGAGUUCUGCCAGAAAAUAAACCUCAUCCUGGAGGAGCCGGAGUGAGGCCGGGCGGAAGGAAAGGCCGAGCCUCACGCAUGGCUGCUCUGGGACAGCUGCCAGCGAGGCGAUGGGAUGCGCCCCGGGAGCCCUCCGGCAGCACGGGCCCCGAGGCGAGCUGUUUUCACCUGCCGCUGUCCUGCUCCCAGGGCUGCCCCAGACCCGGUGCCGUGGCCCCAGGGGCUCCAUCCGCAGGCCAGGCUGCCAAUGAACUCUUCCAGAAGUGCCACGGGAACUGCAGUUUGCCCUUAGCUCACUCGAGCAGGGGGCGGUUCGUUGGUUUGGGUAGCGCAAAGCUUUAAGCACGCAAACAGCUCUAACUCUGGGCGCACAGCAAGGAGACGAGAGCAGCUCCAUCUAGACCCUGCUGCCAGGAGGGAACGACAGCCCAGGGUUUCUUUUCGCAGCCAGCUUCAUUUGACGUUAGUUUGCUUUACAUUAGCAUCAGAUACUCCUCCAGCGCGUGAUCAAACGAGGCUCCGGGCGCUGCUCUCGGGAGAAUAAACGCAUCUGUAACGCA